AUGAAUCAGUAUUUGAAACUACUUACCAAUCAAUUAGGCAAACUGCCACGCAGGGUCUUACAGGAUUCGAUGCGUAUUUCAUCCAAAAACAGUGGUAGCGAGCUCGAGCAUGUUUUCGAGCAAAUAAGUAACGUAUUGGAGAACAAUGAGUCGUACCUUGUAACCAAAGUUGACAAGUUUUCGCAAGAAACUGCACGCUUACUAGUGAAACUCCUCGAGUCUCAUUUUGUUUUCAUAAAUUACAUUGUUUUGACCCUAAUUGCCACCUUACUUGUGAUGUAUGGCACAUUUGCCUCCAUAGAUUCGAUACCCUAUACUGCUCUUCCACCAACAAAGCUACACCCACUAUUUGAUCCUAGCGACUUUGACCUGGAACAAGAUUGUGAAAUCGUAUACGCAGAUACAGAGGACAAAAAAACUGAUCUAUUACAUUUAGAUGAGAAACAAGCGAUUUUAUUACCACUCCGCAGUGGCGCAAUUUUACUAGUACUCUACUUUAUUGUGACCAAACUGGAAUUACAAUGGAAACUAUAUCUGUUGAAAUUCCUGAAUUUCAUAAUGAUACUUAUGAGCGUUCCAGCCAGUUUCUUUGUGUACAACUAUGUUGCAAAUACUAUCACAAGACAUAUUUCCCAUUGGAUAUCCUGCAAUCCACUCAAGAUAUGCUCUAGAGUGAGGAUAACUAUAUCCGACGAUAAUGAAGAGAUUACCAGAAGUGGGUGUUUUGUUCAAAAUUUUUCCUACCGUGAUGUCCUUACAAAUGAACUGGGAUUCAAAGACACCGUUGAUAAACUUAACAAGGAAGAUUCUCACUUGAAAAGACUUUAUUCUCGAGAAUUUACAAAACCAAAAGAGGUCAAAUCCAAUAGACAGAUGGCAAACAUUUAUGCCAACGGCACCACAGCUAUUUCUCUCAUACUGUCUAUCAUGCUGAGCGCUUGCUAUUUUUUCUGCCCAAACGAUUGGCUUGUUCGAAACGUCGUGAGCAUAAAUUUCGCCCUCUGGACAAUUUCCCAGUUGAAGCUCAAGAACUUGAAGUCUGGUGCCUUGAUAUUAUUCGCAUUGUUCCUUUACGAUAUUUAUUUCGUUUUUGGCACAAAUGUCAUGGUCACCGUUGCCACGAAUCUCGAUUUACCAAUCAAGCUUUCUCUACCUACCAACUUCAAUGUCGCCCAAGGUAAAUUCGAGUUUUCCAUGUUAGGGUUAGGUGAUAUUGUCCUACCUGGCUCUUUCAUUUCACUGUGCUACAAAUAUGACAUCUGGAAAUGGCACUACGAAAAUAACGAUAUCGAAUUCCAUCUACUGAAUUGGUCUUACGUGGGAAGAUACUUCAUUACAUCCAUGAUCAGUUACCUGCUGGCGUUGGGUACCUGCAUGUUUGCCCUUGCAAAAUACAAAGUUGCACAACCAGCAUUAUUGUACAUCGUUCCAUUUCUAUUAAUUUCUACGAUAUUUACGGCUUGGAUCCAGGGCGAUCUUGCUCAAUUUUGGACUUUCCAAUAUGACGUUAUUGAGUUGGGGGAAAACAAAUUGAGUACAGAACAUGAUGACAGUGACAGUAACACCGACGCAAAAGAAUACCCCGUAACAUACUCCGAUUUUUUUCAAUCCGAUUGCAUAGAAAACGACGAUGACGACGAAGAAGAGAACUACACGUACAAUGAUGCUCUAAUAGACUACGAAAGCGACGACGACCUAGACUAUGACUCCGAAGUGAAUGAGGACGACUUCGAAAUCGCUGUUCCCGAAUACAAGCCUACCGACAUACUACGUCUGCUUGACGACGCAGCACAUUCACCAGAAGGCGAAGACGCAGACUUUGUUCUUGAUGAUGACGGUCCUGACUUGGACAGCGAAACAGACACCGUCAUCCUUGAUGCCGACGAAUUAUAG